AUCGUUUUUGACACUAGCAGUAACUUGACAUAAUUUUAUACCACUACGAUUUCUCUGUGAAAUAUCUGCUUCAGAAGCAAAGUAAUUCGUAAAUAUCACCGCUAUCUACUGACCGGUGUCUCUGAAGUUAUAAAAUAAGUAAAACAGUUAAUAUACACUGUCAUAGCCAAAUAGUGAAUCAUCAAACUCUGCGUAUUUAUUCUAGUAUAAUAUUCGAAAGCCACCUGUGUGCGGGCUAGUUGGUUUCUGCUGUAUUUUUUUAUUUUCACAUUGAAAAUGACGGAAAGUUCACCAGAUGAACCGAGCACGAAGCGCAAAGACUUUAUCUGCGGUGUAGUUGAAGGCUUUUACGGCCGCCCAUGGACAACUGAACAAAGAAAGGACCUAUUCCAAAAACUCAAAAAAUGGGGUAUGGACAUGUACGUGUAUGCACCGAAAGAUGAUUAUAAACACAGAGCUUACUGGAGAGAGUUGUACACUGUAGAGGAAGCUGAACAUCUCACUUCCCUUAUAGCUGCAGCUAAAGCCCAAGGCAUCAUAUUUUGCUAUGCAUUAUCACCAGGGUUGGAUAUCACAUAUAGCAGCCAGAAGGAGAUAACAACUUUGAAACGUAAAUUAGAACAGGUUUCACAAUUUGGAUGCACUUGUUUUGCACUGCUAUUUGAUGACAUUGAACCAGAAAUGAGUGAGGCAGACAAACAAACGUUUCAGAGUUUUGCACAUGCACAAGUAUCAAUUACGAAUGAGAUCCACCAGCAUUUGGGAUGCUGUCGGUUCUUACUCUGUCCCACUCAGUACUGUUCGACUCGAGCCGUUCCGACUGUCACCAGCUCAGAAUACUUGAACACCCUUGGCUCUAAACUUUCUCAACAGAUUGAAAUAAUGUGGACAGGACCAAAAGUGAUAUCAAAAACGUUGACGACUGAGUGUAUAGAAGAAAUAACGCAGGUCCUUCGUCGGCCGCCCGUCAUCUGGGAUAACUUGCACGCCAAUGACUACGAUCAAAAGAGGAUAUUUUUAGGUCCGUACUGUGGGCGCUCCCCGGAGCUGAUCCCGCUGCUGCGGGGCGUGCUGACGAACCCGAACUGCGAGUACAACGCCAACAUGGUGCCCGUGCGCACGCUCGCGCACUGGGCCGCCUGCAGUCUGGACGCGCCCGCCGCCAUGGAAGCGGUCUCGUGGGACAUAAAGCUGGAGAGGGAGAGCGAGCAGGGCGUCUGCGAGGACGAGAGCCCGCUGCCGCUCGGCCGUCACGUCUACCACCCUCGCCAGGCGCUGCGACAAGCAAUAAACGAGUGGCUGCCCGAGUUCUCUAUACCCAAAACGGCCCAGGGACCAGUCGUGAAGCCGCAAACUCCGACCAUAGUGCCCCCGGUGCCGAUAAUCCCGAUCCUGCCGUCAGUGAACACGUGCAUGUCGCUGGUGACGGCCACCAGCAGCACGUGCAGCACCACCACCGCCGAGCUGGGGCCCGCCAUCCCCACGCUGUCCACCACCCACCUGCAGGCGCUCACCGACCGCCCCAUCCUCGCCACCACGGUAUCGCCGAUCGAGAACUUCAACCCCGUGGCAAAUCCGGUGAUGAAUUCCUUAGUGUCUCCCACUAAAGUGAUCCUUAACGAAUCUAUACCCAACCCUAUCAUCCCCAUCGCUAGUUCUAAUAUAUCCUUGCCCUCAGAAAUACCGGUUUCCACAUUACCGGUACCGAUCCUAGGUUUGAAAUCUCUGGACGAUACCAUCAAAAUACCAAGUGUGAGUGAAGCAGUGUUGAACCCUAGUGUUGUGGAAAGUGACAGUUUUGCGGAAGAAAAUAAAAAGGAAGAAGAGGAUAAUAUAGUUGUGGACGACGUGGAACCCUCCAUAGAGGUUCAGCAGAAUGGGGAUAUGAGUGUCGGAGAUACACCGCAAACCUUGAGCCCUACCCGUGCAGUUCCCGAGCCGGGCAUCGAACCUCUAGACGUGGACCCGCCCUCGAACACCGGCACCGAUCCGGAUGUAGUCAUGACCGAUGGUCUAAGCGAGAACGGUUCAAUGCAAGUCGAGGCCAGCAACAGUCCACUCAGCUCCGACAUGAUGGUGGAGCCGCCUGACACGACUGAAAAUACUGAUGAGCCGGAAGAUAACGAAGAUCUAACUGCUGAGGACUUGCUGCUGCUGUGCGAAGCCUUCUAUCUACCCUUCGAGCACGGCGCGAGAGCUCUUCGGAUGCUGCACGACUUCCACUGGUUGACCAGCCACGCCGCCAUCACGCUGCGAGCCAACCGGUCCAGCGCUGCCCCUGAGACGAGCGAGUGGACCCGCCGGCGGGCGCGGUUCUCAUUCUGGGCGGGGCGCAGCCGCCGGGUGCUCCGGCGCGCGGGCCGGGCUGCCAACCGGGACCUGCACUCCGAGCUGCAGCCCUACCUGUGGGAGCUAUGCGCCGUGCUCGCGCUGCUCGACGCCUUCCUCAAGUGGUUAGAACUAGGGAAGUUUCCUCCGAACAUUACGAACAACAUCCAAGGGAGCUACACAUGGUUCUCGAAGGGUUGGCGGGAAGCGUUUGAGAGUGGCGCUCAGGAGCCCUGGGUGUUCCGCGGCGGCGUCGUGGCUGACCUGCGGCGCCUGCUGCCCGUGGACUGCGGCGACGUGCUGCGGUCGCCGCCGCGGGCCCCGGACCUGCCGCUCGCGCCGCGCCCCUACCGACCUGCCGACGAACUCGAGAUAUACGAGAUCUACAACAAGACGUGUCGUGAAGGUGACGUCAGCAGCGACAUGUUCCCCAGCGAUCUCCAGUCGCUGCCCACGGACCGGUUAAUAGCACCAUUCCUUCAUCUGUCGCCCGAUUUGUGUAUGGUAUUGGAGGACGACGGCUCGUUCACGCAUUCCGAUGCGACGACGCCGGAUUCUGAACCCUCGGACCCUGAUAAUAAGGAUAUGCCGUCGUCGAAAAUGAACGGUGUUCGAAAGGAAGUGGUGGGGUUCGCGUGCGCCGCGCUCGACAGCAAGGAGUUCUACCGGCUGCAGGAGAUCGCCUGGGUGCCGGAGCUGUGCGAGAAGUACCCGCUGUCCCUACUCGACAGGACCGACCUCAGCGAAGCCGCUAAAGAGUACAUCCGCGAGCUGCACGGCGGCGGGGCGGGCGGCGCGGCGGGCGGCGCGGGGGAGGCGGCGGAGGCGGCGGAGACGGCGCGGCGGGGCGCGGCGGCGGAGGUGCGGUGCGGCGCGGUGCCGGCGGCGGACUCGCUGGCGCCCGCGCGCAUGCUCACGUGUCUGCUGGCGGCGCUCCGGGCCAGCGGAGCGAACGGCGUCCACACGACAGUGAGCGCGGCGGACACGCAGCUUCAGCAGUUUUACAGCAAGCUGGGCUUCGUGGAGGUGUCCCGGGCCCGGGGACAGCUCUACCUGGCGCGCCCGCUCUAGCGCCAACAGUUCGUCUUCCGGGGACCCACGCUGCUCUGAACUGCCACUCCGAAUCCGCGCUACCAUAAGAAGCUAUAUCCAAUUUUCUACCCAAAAACCCCCCUCCCUGACUGUCACCUGAUAUUAACAACGUCAGAAACGGAUAUCAUGAAAAAGCAAAUCCAAAGAAACACAAGGUUAGAUCUAAUUUUCCUAAAAUAUCUCUUAGGCGACUCCGUGACUUUUUUUUAAAAGUAUUAAUUGCUAUAAUUAAAAAUGUAUUAAAAAAUUGUCUUAUAAGUUAUUAUAUCAAAUACAAAAGUGCCAAUUAAGAGAUCAUAGAUCGAACCUUAUGCUUCGAAUGAAGAACUAUAAAUCAUCAGAAUUAAUCAUAUUAUCUUAUGUUUCUGUGUUUUUUAUCAACACAACCAUAUCCCCUCUCUUUGAGUACGUUAUUGUAUACACAAGAAGCUGUUUUUGUUUUCUUCUACGAAAUUACUCGCAAGAUGACGCUGUUAUUUUUAAUCGCAUCGUUGCCAUUUUUAUUGCUAUCUCUCUCACACUCUAGUAAUACCCGUCCCACUCACACUUUAGUAGUCAUAACGUAAUGAUCCAUUAUAUUGUGUAUUCAAACUUCAAAUAUAAAUAUUAUUUUAGAGGGAACAAAAUCUAAAAUGUUUUUAAGUCGGUCGUUACUAGACGCAUUUAAAAACCUACUAUUCUAAUUAUACUACGAGAAAUUGAAUAUUUUGGUAAAAAAAAGAAACCUGAAAAAUGGCAACACCUUUAUUAAACAUUCAUAACAAGGACAAUUACUAAUGUCUUGGGAAUAUUUUUCCUGUGGGAAUACCUGUGCAGUAAGGCGUGUCUAGUCGUGCCUUCACACCAGGAAUAACGACUGCUUAGAGACAGAAAUAGGCAGGACAGUAUUUCCUGUCCGUGCUGGCUUAUAAGACUACAUUUAAUAACGCAAAUUAUACUUUUAGCGCAUUUAACUUUUGUUGUAUGUACAAUGUUAAUUUUAUAGCAUUAAACCAGUCUAUUGUUUUUUUACACAAAUUAUUUUCUUGACAUAUUUAUGUAUCUAAUAUCGUUACAAUAUUACCUGAUGCUAAACUCUGAUAUUUUGAAUAUCAAUACAAAUUAUUUUCUAUCAUAAUAUAUAGACUGGUAUAAUAUGUUGAUAGGUAUAUAGAAUUUAGACUAAAAUUAUAGCUGUACAUUUCAAUUCGGUUUAAACGCUAACUACCCUCAUCGGAGAUAAAAUAAAUCGGGAGAAUCGACCGCGCAAACACUGUAUAUUCUUUAGUAAUAAGUUUAAUAAAUUUAUAAAAAUAUAUAGUACAGAAGAUGUUAUUAAAAUGGUUUUUUUUGUUCAUUGUAAUAUAUAUAUACAGGAUGUUCUUUAAAACAUCUCAGUAAGAAGACGGAUUGGCUUUUUCUCUUCCUAUUCGCUGGUAGCUUUUUUUAACGCUGGGGAAUCGAUUUGCGGAUACCCGGUCGAGGGGGGUAACGGACCGGGUUUUGUGGGACUCCAUACAAAAUUGAGUUAACUUUUACGCUAUCAAGAACGUUAAAAGAGUCGGACUAAGCACACAUCUUAUAAAAUUCUAUCGAAUUCGUAGCUGAACGGUUGACUGCACACACGUAUUACAUCUGUACGAGAUGCGAAACUAAAUCCGCCGACUCCGCCCACUCGGCGCCUUUUGUAAUAUCAAAGAUGAAAGGAUCGCGGCAAUGCAACAUUACCCUGUAAAAACGAGUGAGCCUUUGCCAACUAAAUAAUCAGCUAAUUCGGUUUCUUUAACUUUUACGCUAUCGAGAACGAGGACAUUAACGCGUGACAUCUAGUUUAUUGUCGACUACCUUCGUUUGACAUUGACUUGAUUGUACUAAAGAUAAUACUAAAUGAUUACUAUUUAUGUCUUCGUUCGGUUAAUGUACAUUAAAGUUCAAGCUGAAAGGUAAUUGCCGUUGAUAUUAAAAAUUAUACAGUUACAUCCGAAACUGUGUGUACUUUGUUUUAUAGGCUCCUAAUUCUUCGUAUAAUCAUGAUAGCGAAUAAAUAAUGAAUCAUAUAACGAAAUUUAAAAAAAAACACGUAUGGCACUCGGGGACUGCCGCGGUAAAGCUAUUGCAUAGCAUUUCUUAUCAACUUAUGAAAUUAUAAUUAGACAAUAAUAAAAUAAGCCCACGCUAUAUUUAUAAACAUUAACAAAAGCAAAACAUUAACUGUCCCCUUCACACUCAUAAGUUAGACCGCGCGAGAGAGAGAUGGGCAGACUUUUCAUGAUGCGCAUGCAGUGCGAGGUCACGCCGCGCGCUUAAUCACAAAUACUACACAAGUGCUACGUGUGAAUGUGUUGAGCGUGAGCUACAUGGUAGGCGGAAUGGGGUGUUUGGUUUUAUUUUCGUUACGGAAUUUCUUGAUUCGGUCGCCGUGCUCAAAGCCCUCGAUAAAAUUUAUGCACUAGCUUAAAAAAAACGGUUUGGCUUAACCUAGUUGUGAUUUAAGACUGAAUAUGGAUACAUAAUGAAGCCGAGGUACUAUUCGUAACUUAUUUUCGGUUGUGUUUACAUAAAUAUAUACUUUCUUUCGCGCGUCUUAAACCUUAUCAAGAGUGCUGAUGCGGUUUAUUUUCGCGUUUACUCAGUGGGUCGCGUUUCCGAUCCAGUAGUAGAUUCUGCGAAGCACUGCUCUUGCUAGAGCUAGUGUUAGCAACACUCCGGUUUGAGCCCCAUGAGCUCACCUACAUGUUAGGGUGAAGCUGAAAUAGCCUCUCAAGGCUAUCAGCAUAGGUAGGUUAAAAAAAACUGUUCUGUUUGCCCACAUUUGCCGCUAAGGUGGCUGUUCAUACAAACUUGAGUUAACUUUUACGCUAUCGAUAACGUUAAAAAACUCGCACAAAGCACACUGAGAGUGUACGAUCACGUGUGUUCGUUUGGCAGCGUUUUAGACAUGUCAAUGCUAGGUACAACAACUCGGUUUGAAGUCAUCGAAAGCUCAGAAUUAAAUGAAGUAAAAUUACGAGCUCACUUGAUUGGCGCCACCCGCCUUGAGGUAUGAGGUCCAGUCUCAAUUACUUUUUUUGACUGCCUCAUCUAAGAGUCCAUCUGGUGUUGAAUUGCAAUCGGAGUCCAUUGACGUAACAUAUAAAUACAUAGAUUUGGUAGGUGCUAUUAACUGACUCUUCCGAUGGGAGAAGUCCUUUGAAGCAGAUAUAGUGCUAUGCAUUCUUCAAGACCGAGGUCAGGUCUGGGUAAGCACGAGGAACUUUAAAUAAAUGUAAAGUAUUAAAGAUGUAACUUAAUAAUUAUUAGGGAAAAAAUGUUAAAUGUUAAUUACGAGAUUGAAGUGAUUUAUAGGAAAAUCUAUAGUAUUACAGUGGUGAUGUUUGUGCUUGUAAAUUUCAACAAGAUGUAGUGUUGCCAGUCGCACACGAAUAUUAGUGUUGUCACUCUUAAAAAUGAUAUGUCAAAAAAAAAUCACACUGCAUUAAACAUAAUAAGACACUAUUCAAAUAAUAUGAUGACAAUCAUACAAGUUGUUGUAUUAUUAUAAGUAAAUUUUAUAAUUUUAAAAGAUUGUAGAUACGAAAAUGACGUCUGUUUUAAUAUUUGUUAUGGCGUUUCGUGAAAAAAAUACAAACAAUCUAUUAAAAAUAAUUCGCAAAUCAAAACAUGUGUAUCAUUCGAUGAUUAAUUAAAAAAAAAGGUGCCUGUACGAACAGUGUAUUAAAAAGUGUCCUCCAAAAGGGUCAGUCAAUUGAGAUGGCGCCACAGUAGCAAGCGGAAAGAUUUUAAAGACCGCCAUGAACUACCAAUCACAAUUCACUUCAACCCAGCACACUUUAUUCUGCUUAAAACCGCUAUAUUCAUAUUGUUACACGCUAGCAGGGUUCGGGAUAAAUAAAUGUUCCACCAAAGUACAACUAAAAAUUGUAUUGAACACUUAGAACACUUAAAACACUCAACAAACACUUUAAAACUUUCAAUUGGCUUGUUCCGCUUCGCUUCAGGUGAUCCGUUGGCUGUUUCGUUUCGAGUAGUUCCUAUUACUGACUGACUGCGUGCCAUCUCUGCAACGCUUUUACAGCCGAUACCACAUCCCUAGAAUGAUCGAGAAUAUUCCACACAUAUCGAGUACUGUGUUUCCGGUAUCUGACAACAGAUGGCGUUGUAUUUCUCGAGCGUUGUAGGUGCUACUAGAUCCUUCGAUAUACGUUCGACUAUUCGGCGAUAGAUGGCGUUACUGUUACCGGCGUAACAAUAUAAUUUCCACUUCCUACACUAGCGCUAUUUCGGUGUCUUCCAACAAUAACUUGGUGUUUACAGGCGGACAUUUUUCAACUUGUCUACUAUUGAAGAUGAUACUGCUUAUUUCUACCCUCCAUAUUAAUAAGGCAUCCGAAAACAUUGCCAUAGCUGUCCGUUAUCUGAUUAUGGUUUAUUUUUCCGUAAAGUCUAAACUAAAAAGAGCAAUGGAGUCUUCUAAAACGUAUUCUAAAACGGUAAUAAAAAUCUAACUAACCGCGGGUAACAUGACGGGACACAGCUAUCAAUAAUAAUUUAAUGUUUCCGAAGCGAAGCGAUGCGAGGGCGGGUCGCUAGUUUAAAAUAAAAACGUCUUUAAUAUAUCAAUCGGUCCAACUCUGUUGUGACCAUGUUGACAAAAGAAAAUUAUAAUUAUUAAUUGCCUUCGACAAACUUCGCACGAAACGCCUGAAAAUUAUCUAGAAAGUUUUGAUGUAAAAACAGUGUAAUAUACAUUUUUAUAGAUCCGUGUGCUUAGUGCGAGUUUUUUAACGUUCUCGAUAGCGUAAAAGUUAGCUCAUAUUUGAGUCGACUAUUAUCAAAGCCGGCUAUGUGACUUUUGGGCAAUUAUUGGCAAAUCAGAAAAACGAAUUAUUGACUUUGUAUUCCAUUGGCAGUCACAAAACUCUUCUGAACGACAUCUUAGAUAAAUAACAGGUUAAGUAUUAACCUUUAUUCAAUGCAGGUUUUGAACCGUAUUCUUUGAAGGAGACGAUUAUAUUCAAAUCAAUCUGUAUUGACAUAUCAAUAACAUUUUUUGUCCAAAUGCACAGAUUGCCACCUUUGAUAAUAGACGACUCAUUUGUAUGGAAUGGGAUCGUUCGCCUACGUUUGCCGCUAGGGGCGCUGUACCAAUUGCAUACAAAAUUGGCUUAACUUUUACGCUAUCUAGAACGUUAAGAAACUCGCACUAAGCACACCGAUCGCCAGUGUGAUACUGUCGACUCUUGAUCGAAACCAUUCGUGUCCAAUUAAAGCCUGCUUCACUCUCGCUUAAGCGUUUUAGUCAUUAAUAUCAUAAAGCAUUAUUAGAUUAUUUGAAAGUUCCUUUAAAUUAUAGACUUUUAUAAAUUAUCCCCUUAGAAUAUUAUGUAAAGUUAAACGUUUUUUGUGAUUUCGUUAGGCAGCGAUGUUUUAUUUGCUUCAGUUUGGCCAUAUUGCUUUAGUAGGUGUACGUAGUUUGUGAAGUAACACAGCUUCAUCGAAAAUUGUCUUAGUUUAGUUUUUUUUUUCUUUUCUUUUCUGCCUAAACGGUCACCGUGAAUAUAUUUAAUAAUUCUAGAACAAUCAUGAUUAAAAGUUUUUCUUCAAUGUUUAUUUAUAUAGAGAGGUGAAGGGCUAUUUGCUUUAGGCGACAUUUAUCUUUGUAAUUAAAGGUGCGUUUUAUUUGGUAUCAGCAUCAACAGUUCGAUGUUUUUAAUUGAAAUACGUACUCAACAAAUGUUCACGAUUGACUUCCACGGUGAAGGAAUAACAUUGUGUAUUAAAAAUCAAACCCGCAAAAUUAUAAUUUGCGUAAUUACUGGUGGUAGGACCUCUUAGGAGUCCGCACGGGUAGGUACCACCGCCCCGCCUAUUUCCGCCGUGAAGCAGUAAUGCGUUUCGGUUUGAAGGGUGGGGUAGCCGUUGUAACUAUACUGAGUCCUUAGAACUUAUAUCUCGAGGUGGGUGGCACAUUUACGUUGUAGGUGUCUAUGGGCUCCAGUAACCACUUAACAUCAGGUGGGCUGUGAGCUCCUCCAUCCAUAUAAGCAAAAAAAAUAAAUAAAUUGAACUUCAAUUAAGCUUACUCCAUUCAAUCAGCUGAAGAAUUUUUUUGUCAUGUUAGUUUUUCUAAAUUCUAAUUUUUUAAUGGUUCUCCUGUAAAAUUGCAAAAAUCUCGUUUAAACCAAAUAAGCUUUCGCCCCUCGUUAUCACAACCGGCGACAUAUUUUGUUUGUCAAAAUCUGUACUGUUUAGAUAUAUGUAUAAUGUAUAUAUAAUUUUCAGUUAAUUCUUAGUAAUUGCUGCAUUACGUAUUUUUGUAAACGUCAAAUUAAUAUGAAUAAAUAUGUAUAAUGUAUGUUUAUAGGUUUAUAAGUCAUUUUUGUAUUCGCGUAAUCUUUAUUUAAGAUUAACUAUAAUAUUAUGUUACACGGAGGACGCCAUUGUCGGUGACAGCAAGCAAUAAAGUUUUCUAUACUUUAAAA